AAAGACAGAGAGAGAAAGAGACAGAGAGAGAGAGAGAGAUAGACAGAGAGAGAGAGAGAGAGAGAAAGAGAGCAGGGCGAGCGCGCUCGUGUGCUAUGGACGGCUUACUGGGCUCUUGUCCUCCUCUUGUCCUCUGUGCUGGGCUCUGUGGCUGGGCCUUGUCAAUUCUUGUCCUCCUCUUGUCCUUGUCUUGGCUGCGCCCCUGAACUCUGUGGCUGGGCUCUGUGGCCCGGCUCUGUGUCCGGGUCUUGUCCUCCUCUUGUCCUUGUCUUGGCCGCGCCCCUGAACUCUGUGGCUGGUCUCUGUGGCCCGGCUUACUGGAGAGGAGUGUGGCCGAAGAAAUCGCGAUGUUAAUGCCGACAAAAAUUCAUUGAUGAAGCAGUUUGCUCUUGGGGUGCAAGUAGGGCGAACCAAGAAAUCGAUUUUUGAUUAAUAUUGGUCUAAACGAAUCGUUUUGAAGCUGUUUGGGGUCUAUGCUUGUAUAAUUUUUGUCAGGGCUUGUCACUUGUCACAUGUCACUAUCCUGGUGCACGUGUUCUCACUGUUUGUGUGGCCUUUAAUGUUUUGUGCCACCUGUCAUGUGUCCAGGGCCAUGCCAUGAAUCACUGGCCUGGGUCAAUGUACACGCGUGCGCACACACACACACGGGUUUUAAAAUUUUAAACAAGGAACCUCCGCAUCAAAAAACAUGCAGUGCAGCCAGCUUUGGGUGACUUUGUCGUUGUAGAACAUGAAGUGAAGGAACACAAACACACGUGCACGUGUGCGCAAACUGUAUGACAUAAUGUUCAAUGGAGUAUGUGUAUAUUAUAUGUAUCAUUGCCAAGCAAACGGACUCGCGCUAUGCAAGUAAGCAGAGAAAGGGAGAAGGAUGACAUGUCCAGAGUGAAUCCCUGAGGUGGUUUCUGCAUUGUGGAUGCCGUGGUGCCCUAUCAGCUGGAAGGAGGACAAACUGUGCAGCUGAUUUGUGAGGCAUCAGGAUAUCUUACAGGCGGCGAGUGGCCAAAUGCCAAGCGGCAUCAAAUCUCUGCAUACCAUGUUUGUUUGUCAUGUUGUCGUGUUGCCAAAGUAGAAUCUCAUGUAUCCGAACCACUAUGCUGGUGAGUUUUGUUUGUCCACAGUAAAGAGUUGAAGGCAAGAUUCGACAUUCUGCUCAGGCAAUAUUCCCAACAUAGUUCCAGCUGUUUGCCCUUACGCGUCUUUGGGUGAUGGGACUGGCAGCACUUGUCAUUAUACCCCAUAUGGAGCAGACUGCUGGGCGUACUGCCUGCAGGGUGAUGGGGUUGCUCGUCAGUAUCGAUGUAUGCUCAAUGGUCAAGCUCUUGAGCUGCAGAGCGUCGUGCAAGACAUCCAGUGCAAUUCCACUGGCAGACGCUUGUCUGGCAGCCUCAAUCCUUGCCCAUCAGCUUCUGUGACGCAGGUUGGCCUGGAACACUUGCAGUUUUUGCAUGAUUGCACUGACAAGCUGCACGAUGAAGCUUGCAUCGCACAUUGUGGCUUUGGCUUUGACAUGCAAGAGGCUGAGCCUUCUCUCUUUGUAUGCAAGGACAGCACUUUAGUUGGGUCAGGUUUGCCAACAUGUGUUGGGAAGCCUUGCAACUUCUCUUUCCCAAGUGGACUUGGUGUUUCCCACAACUGCAACGCAAAGACAACUGGGGAAACAUGUGAAGCUUCCUGUGGCAAACCUGGAUAUACCUAUGCAGCAAGCGCAACCUUGCAGACAUUUACAUGCAUGGCUACUCAGGUCUUUGAAGGGACUGCACCCUCAUGCGAACCAAUUACCUGUUCAGACUUGGAGUUGGGGGAGAGAUUCUACCACAAUUGCCAGAGUAAGCGCUUUGGAGAGACCUGUGGAGUCAGCUGUGCAACCGGAUAUCACUUGCAAGGCUGGGGAGAGCAAAUGGUUUGCUCUGCAGAUGGAACAUUCUCAGGAACAACUCCAACUUGCAGUGGAAAUCCAUGUUCGAACCCCCUCCUUGUUGAUGCAACAUUGGACUCGAAUGAGUGCACUGGACUAACUACAGCAGAAACAUGUACCGUUAGAUGUGCUGCCGGCUUUACCCCCAACAGCACGACGAUGCAGUGCGACCCUACCGGCUUGCUUCUUGGAGUGGCACCUUCUUGCUCUCCAAUGGUUUGUGAUACGCCCAUCGAGCUCUCUGCUGUAUCCAUCGCGCACACCUGCAGCUCGCUCACUUUCAAUCGAAGCUGCGCAGUAACAUGUGCAGCGGGCUAUAAGCUUAGUAGCCUUCAGCAAGAAUGGGCCUGUUCCUGGAAUGCUAGCUCUGCUUCGGUGUCACUUCUUGGGUCUCUUCCUUCUUGUGAACCUGAAGUGUGUACCUCUGGUGUGCCAACGGAAAGCGAACGGACUGUGACAAAUUGCACGGACGUCAGGACGGGCGAGACGUGUCAGCAACAAUGUGCAGAUGGCUAUAUUGGCUCAGACGGCACUUUCACAUGUGGCAGUGAUGGGGCUGCACGGACUGAUGCUACCGUACGAUGUCAACCAGUGACCUGCAACUUGUCAGUUCCUGAAGCCAGGACAGCCAGUCUAGGUCACAUUUGUAGCAAUAUACCCUUUGGGUUUAGCUGCUCCGCAUUUUGCCAGAAAGGCUACACCUCCACCAACGGAGUGCAGAGCCUCACUUGUGCAGGCCCAGAGCUGGGAAUCGAUCCGGCCAGUGAGCUGGAGACUGCUGAUGCGAUUACGUUGAGAGGAUCUUUGCCAAGCUGUCUCCCACAAGCAUGCUUCUACAAUUUCCCAACUGGAUCUCAAUUUCUUCACACUUGUGAUGGGAUCCGCACAGGUGGGCAGUGUACGGCAUCUUGCUCUUCUGAAUGGGAAGGUGACAGCGCCACCCUGACCUGUGAACCCGAAGGUGCCCUGAGUGGGAACUUCCCAGUUUGUACACUCCGCACGGUGACCCAAACCCGAACCACGAGCCUCACAAGCACAUGGACUGUCACAACGACCUUGACGGACUUUGAAGUUCGAGUCAAUGUGGCUGGUGUGCUUCGUAUGGAUGUGAACAACUCCGUGGAGUUUGUUCAAGAUCCUGAUGCAAAGGGGGUGGUUGGACAAGUCCUCAGCAACCUCAUCGGUGUUGGGAUCGAAGAGCUACAGCUCUCCAUGGUGCUCACGACUGAGACUUUGGGCAGACUGUUGGCUGUAGGAGGGGUUACCGCUGUUUACUCUGUAUGGUUCUUGGCUGACACACAGCAACAGGCUGAUGAUUUGGGCUCCAACAUCACUGCCCAACUGGAUGCAGCCAGUGUAUUUACCCUGCAGCAGCUAAUUGUGGAUGGCAUGAUGAAUGUGUCAGAAGCCAAGGUUGGCUUCUACUCUAUCCAAGUCUUGGCGCACAAUGCAGACAUUUUGGUUGGCACUCGAAGGCAAGAGGCUGUUUCAAAGUUGGUAACCGGUGCUGAUGGCACUAUAUGCAGCCCAUCAUCGUUCCCAGUCAUCACAGGUGCUGGGCCAUUUGACUGUCAAGAACCGCAAGUGGUGGGCCAACAAUGCCGGGCACCCUGCGACUCCGGUGUUGAGGCGGUGGUGACUUGCGACGAGCAGGGGUGGCAGCUGCAAGAUGAAUGCCCACCCGAGUCAUACCUUUUGGUUGUGAUUUUUGCAUCGGCUGGAGCUCUUUGCUGCCUCAUCACCGUCUGUGUCGUUCUUUGUGCCUGUCGUGGUGACGCCAAGACACACCCGGAGGAGGACCGACAGGAAACGCCGGACCUGCCCCCACCUCUGCCAUCGAUUCAUGAACUUCCUCAGCCCGAGAACUUUGACACCAGCUACUACAAUUGGGCGGAGCAAUGGGAGCAAAGCAGACAAAGCCAAGGUACUGAUAUUCCGCUAGUGGCACCUGCAGGGCUGCCAGCAGCCACUAAUGCUGAGAGGUCAUCCGCUGCCAUUCCUACACCGCCGCAGCGGCCGCCACCUGUGAACAUGCAACGCGCUGUGUCAUCCCCUCCACCCUUACCAUCAAUGGCAAGGCGGGAUGGCUCAACAGAUCAGCAACUGGUGGUACAAGUUGAGGAGACAGAGCAUGUGGUUCUGACAAGGCCACACUUCCUGAGAAAGACUGCGCAAAUGCAGGAUGAUGCAGCCAUCGAGGAGCUAACCACAGUGGAGGAGCCAAUUACGUUGCACGUGCAACGCAUCAAUGGCACUCCGUUGGCAAAGAUCACGUCUGAUGGGAAGGAGACAGUUGCUGAGCUCAUCAACUCAAUCAAAGAGGUAGCUGGGUCCAGCCUCAAUAUAACUCUCACGACCGACAUCAAGGUGCUGCGUCCGGAGCAAACUUUGCAGGAGAACGGCCUGUACGAUGGGAGCGUGGUCACGGCCAUUAGACAUCCAGAGCUUUUUGUGGCCGCAGCUUUUGAUGAUGGUACUGCAGCUGUAUGGAGUGUGGAGUCUGGCAAGUGCGAGAGGAACUUCGAGUGUCGCUAUGGAGCUGUGAAGUCUUGCACUUUGGCCCAGUCCGGCUUGGUUUUGGUGCUUGGCAUGGUGGAUGGAACGGUGCAACUUUGGAAUGUUGUGACUGGGAAGUUCAUGAGGCAAUUCAGCGGUCACAUGGGGCCUAUCUUCUCUGUGGCAAGUUCCCCAAACGGCAAAUUGCUCGCAACUGGAUGCUUCGAUGGGACGUCCAAGUUGCUGAACAUGGAGACUGGCCGGGUCGUUCGCGUUUGUUCAGGGCAUCGAGGCAGCAUAAAGAGCUUGUGCUUCAGCGUUGAUUCGCGAACUUUGGCCACAGGGUCAGAGGACUGCAGUUUGAAGCUGUGGAAGGUUCUGGAUAGACAUGGUGAGCUGACCCUUCUUGGCCACACAAGCACUGUGACGGCCAUUUCCUUCUCCCACCACGGAAAGGCACUCGCAAGCGGUGCUGAAAAUGGGGAGGUCAAUGCUUGGUCAGCAGUGUCCGGACGGUUGGUCUGGGAACUGCCUCAAGCAAGCUCUGCAGUGAAGUCUUUAGCGUUUUCGCGAGACGGUGUUUCACUUGCAGUGGGGUCGUUCGAUGGUGAGAUUACGUUCUUUAGCGCGUCAACCCGCACGCGCACCAGCAGAGUUCAGUGCUCGACAACUUCACCGACGAGAUGUAUGGGCUUCUCUCCAGCAGCGCAUUUGAUGAUUGUUGGAACUGAAGCUGGCGAGCUGAGAGUCUACGGUAGUGAUGACGGAGCCAGCCGGAAAGCACUAGAGGCAUGCGCAAUCCCGUCCAUGGCCUCUUCAGUUGCUUCAGUGGCGGUAUGCGGAGGUCCGGUGCCGAAGAAACCCAAGGGGGCACGGCGUCGAAGUGAUUUGGCAAUUGACAGCGACAGCGCAGCAGAAGCGCACUGAGUCGAGCAAGACGAUGGAGACUCAGAGAGGAAGCAGACGCCAGGCAAAAGCUUACCUUCCAAGGAUGGAUUGGUUCUCAGAGAUUCGUCCCAUUUACAAUGACUUGUUGGGUUGAACUAUGUACUCUCUGGGGCCGAAGCUUGUGCAAGGGCGUCAGCGCCAAAGUUGUUUGACUUACAAUAUGUACCGCAGUGAUGCCCAGCAGGUAAAACCUGAUGUGCGGGCCAGUCUGCCUAGCAUUUGUUCUUUCCUGCCUUGUCCAAACAAUCAUCGUGCAUGCCUCAAAGGCUGCAAGUUGCUUGGAACCUUUUCAGGUGUGCUUGGGGUGUCGCA